AUGGCUAUGAUCAUUGACGCAACUGCAAAAUAUGGAAUACGAGGAGCCAUCAGAUCUCUGCUAUCGCCACAGAGCACGUCGAGCGAUUGCAACGAAAGAUCUACUCCGCAAUACGUAUGCGCACGCAAGAGAUACGAAAGCGGAAGAAAGGGACGAAUAUGUGUUUAUCGGAUCGGCGAUGAACGUACAGACAGUGGCGGACGCAGAGUCAGGCUAUACACCAAUGUAGAAGGUGCCAAUCUCGACGAAGACGAGCGACAAAGUUUCAUUGGCAUU